AAACUCUGAGUCAGUCUACAAUUGGCUCUACAAAGCACCCCAUAACUGUGCGAAUGAGGAUGCUAGAGAGGAUGCACAAGAAGCAGAAAGCAGACUGCUCUCCUACAAGGACAGGGACGAGAGUAAGAAUGAAGGAUCUUUCAUUUCUGCUUUUAACGUGUGCAGCUGUUUCUAAUGCUCUUCCCGUCCAUCCAGAGAAAUACAGCAAUGAAGAAGAUGAGAAGCUUGUACAGGACUAUUUAAAUCAAUUCUAUACCGUUGAACUAGAUCCAAAUCAGCUUGGAUGGAAAAUAAAUGAUGACUCCACAGCUGAAAAGCUUCAGAAAAUGCAAAAAUUUUUUGGGUUGAAAGUGACUGGAAAACCAGAUCCUGAGACAUUGGAAAUGAUGAAGAAACCCAGGUGUGGAGUUCCCGAUGUGGGUCUUUAUGGUGUUACACUGCCAGGAUGGAAAAAAAAAAAGCUGACAUACAGAAUCGUGAACUACACACCAGAUAUGAGAAAAGAGGAUGUGGAUAAAGCAAUCCAGAAGGCACUGAAAGUGUGGAGCACUGUGACCCCACUGAUUUUCACUCGCAUUCAUGAGGGAAUAGCAGAUAUAAUGAUUGCUUUUGGGACCAAAGCUCAUGGACAUUGCCCUCGUUAUUUUGAUGGUCCCCUUGGUGUCCUCGCUCAUGCCUUUCCACCUGGCAAUGGUUUUGGUGGUGAUGCACACUUCGAUGAGGAUGAAGAUUGGACCACAGGCUCAGCUGGAUUCAACUUGUUCCUCGUUGCUGCUCAUGAGUUUGGUCAUGCUCUGGGUCUCUCCCACUCUAAUGACCAGAGGGCUUUGAUGUUCCCCAAUUACGCUUAUGUCAGUCCCAGUGAAUUUCCCCUUUCUCCAGAUGAUAUAAAUGGCAUUCAAUCCAUUUAUGGAUCUCGACCAAAUGCCCCAGAUAAAAGGCCAGUGACUCCUACCUCACCUAGAACCUGUGACUCCAAGAUUUCUUUUGAUGCUGUAACUACACUCCGACGAGAAGUCAUUUUUCUAAAGGGCAGACACUUAUGGCGAGUUUAUCCUGAUAACUCAGAAGUUGAACUUGAAUUAAUUUCUACCUUCUGGCCAACACUGCCAUCUGGUAUUCAAGCAGCGUAUGAGAACAUGAAAGAUCAGAUCCUAUUUUUCAAAGGCAAUAAAUUCUGGGUUAUCAGUGGAUAUCGAGUAUUGCUCGGUUAUCCAAAGAAUAUCAGCACACUGGGCUUCCCAAAAGGUGUCAAGAAAAUUGAUGCAGCAGUUUGUAAUAAAAAUACAGGGAAGACAGACUUUUUUGUAGGUGACAAGUAUUGGAGGUACGAUGAAAACAGCCAGUCCAUGGAGAUGGGUUAUCCUAGACGGACAGCUAAUGAUUUUCCAGGAAUUAGCCAGAAGGUUGAUGCUGUUUUCCAACACAAAGGAUUAUUCUACUUCUUCCAUGGAUCAAAGCAGUGGGAGUUUGACCCUACUGCUAAAAAAGUUCUCCGCGAAAUAAAGAGUAACAGCUGGUUUAACUGUUAAUAUCAUUACACCUUCUUCUAUAUAGCAAAUGUAAAAAAAAAUCAUUCUAGAUUUCUCAGAGACUGUUCACAUAUACACUACUGUGCAGAACAGGCAAUAGGAAAAGUUUUCAUGUAUGUUUUCUAUUUAGAUAAAUUAGCAUGUCAACUCUAAUUGUAUUUCCAAAAGCUAGAACAAAAAUGCAAUUUAUCCCUGAUUAAAAGCAAAAUGUCCAACAUAAUUUAUUAUUUUAUACUCUAGCUGGGCAUUCAAAUAUUUUUGCAAUAAAUGUUUUCAAACUGAUGUCAACUAUUCUCUCUUUCAUCUGCUGAAAAUGUUCUAUAUGCUAAUAUCCUUCCAACAUACGAUGUUUGUAUUUUACUGCUUUUCUCUCCAAAUAUCUUCAAGAGUCAGGCUUUUCAAUAAUCACUUGUUUUUCUGCCCUCUCUCCUGUCUUUUUCUUCUGCUCUUCUUUGACUUUUGCAAGUUUGUCCCUUUUACACCAUAUCAUUAUUUCACCAUCAAAACCAUAUUCCUGCCUCAGUAUAUAAACUCAUUAUGUCACUCUGAGCUUCUUUCCAGCAUAACAGUUAGGAUUUCAUCAGUGGCCAUUUUUUUGUGAAUCCGUGAAUGACAUCCUUCAUAAAUCAGCCCUAUAGAAGGAACAGAUUCAUCUACUGCCUUGCGGAGCACAACUCUACUAGUACAAAGCAUGUGCUUCAAGCGCACAUGUAUCUUAAGAUUUAUGACGUGUUACCAUCACACAUGGAGCAAACUCCUCACAAAAUCAGGCAAAACCUCUAAAGUCACAGUCAUAUCCUCUCCAUGUAUUUCCAUUAGAUUUAAUUCUGGAAACAGGUCCAGUACACUCUGCCAAAUCGAAGAAUCCUGGGAUCAUAGAAUCAUAGAAUCAUAGAACC